AUGUUUGUCAUCAGCCAAGUUCAGCAGGAAACCUACCGUAAAGAGAUCGAAAAUCUUAAAUGCGGAAAACCCAUUCCGAUAGACAGCAAAAUACUAAGACUGGAUCCUUUUCUUGAUACAAGUGGAAUACUAUGUGUUGGAGGAAGGUUGAAGUAUAGCUCGAAAAUGUUACUUGGUGAGAAAAAUCCAGUUCUUGUUCCCGGCAAACACCACAUUGCAAAACUUAUCGUACUUCAUUUUCAUGAAUUAGUACGCCUUCAAGGACGCCACCUGACAGAUGGUGUUAUCAGAGCUGCAGGUUAUUGGAUUACCAGCUGUAAGCGACUUGUAUAUUCCUUAAUUUCUUCCUGUGUGAAAUGUCGUAGGUUACGUGGAGCCUUUGUGUCCCAAAACAUGACAGAUUUACCGGAAGAAAGACUGACAUCUUGUCCGCCUUUCACAUAUGUGGGAGUCGACUGUUUUGGACCGUGGGAUAUCGUGACAAGACGAACUCGUGGUGGCUCUGCAAAUUCCAAAAGGUGGGCUGUUUUGUUUGGGUCUUUAUCCUGUCGUGGAGUCCACAUAGAGGUUAUUGAAGAAAUGAGUACCUCACCCUUUAUUAAUGCCUUACGUCGUUUCAUCUCAAUCAGGGGACAUGUGAAAUAA